UUCAGUUAAUUCAGUGUUUAUUUUGCAUAUUCGCCGGUUUAAACACUAAAUACCUAUAAAAUGGCCCGUAAUAUUGUAAAACUAGGCGCCCUGGAAGCUCAGAGAACAGCAUUCCUCCUGUGUGAUAUCCAGGAGACAUUCCGGCCUCACGUAAAACAUUUUGGCGAAGUUGUAAAAGUUGCUAAUAAAAUGAUGGAAGCAGCGAAACACUUCAAAAUCCCUGUUUACGUCUCCGAACAAUACCCGAAAGGGCUCGGACACACUACUAAAGACAUUGAUGUGUGCAACGCAGCCCUAGUCUACGAGAAGACUAAGUUCUCAAUGUAUACUCCGGAGCUACAAGAGAGACUGAAGAAAGAUGUGCCGGCGUUGGAAACGGUGGUGUUAUUCGGGAUUGAGGCCCAUGUAUGCAUCGAGCAGACUGUGAUAGACUUACUGAAUGAAAAUAUCUCUGUCCAUGUCUUGGCUGAUGGCGUAUCUUCCAGGUCUUUGAUGGACCGUGGCUUGGCUUUGCAGCGCAUGCAAUCCAUAGGCUCCUUCAUAACAACUUCAGAAAACGUCCUCUUCAAACUGAUGAAGGACAAAAACCAUCCCGCCUUCAAACACAUUUCUAAGCUAAAUAAAGAACCUACGGUAGAUACGCUUGGAUAUACGAUGUCGAAACUGUAAAAAGCUAGCGGUUUCAAACCAUCGGGUGCUUCGUCGGAACAUCAGAGAACGUGCUAUUUAAACUGUUGAAGGACAAAAACAGUCCGGCCUUCAAGCAGAUCUCUAAACUCAAUGUCACACCUACCCCGGACGAAUUUGGAGC